AUGGAACACCUAGUUAAUGAUAUUGUUGUGAUUCCAAGCCCCAAAUUCCAGGGUGGAGUGGUGGGUGCAGCGCGCAGCGAUAUGUUCUUCCAUGCGACGCUUGCGCGCUCGUUCAUCAACGCUCUAUCGUUGAGAGGUGACGACGAUGUGAUCGACCGUUUGAACUACUACUACACUCCGAUUAUGUUAUGUAUCGCUUGUCUCAUAAUCAGCGCCAAACAG